AAGAAGGAAAGUAUAAAGGAGAGUAUUAAAUUAUAUAAAUGUUGUUAACUAAAGAAAAUAAUGGAAACAAAGUGUCUGUAUGCGAAACGUAUAACCAGUGUUAUGAUCAUGCUAGUGAAGGGGCCUUCGUUAAACUUACCCAACACAGAUCACCUGCACAAUUGAAUUCAGUGUCUUCAGCGACUGCUUUGCAAAUAUAUAACAGUUCGUGCCAGUAAUCGCUUUACACCUGCACUGAUGGCUUUACUUUGAAGAUACCAAGGAUGUCUAAGAAUGUACGGAAACUGACAGACCUGGACAUUAAUCCUUGUUUAGAGGAAACCGAUGAUUCCAGGAAAUGUUUAGAUGCAAAUAACUACAAAAAGGACAUGUGCUCUUCUUAUUUCAUAAGAUACAAAAACUGCAGAAAGUUCUGGCACAACAUAAUGACGCAGAGGAGGAGGGAUGGGGUAAAGCCUAACAUGCCAAAUGCAGACGAGAGGCAGCAAAUAUUGCAAGCUAUUGGUGGGAAACCAUAUUGAUCACUGUGUUGUUUUUUUGUUUGUUUGGUAAGGUAAUGGUUGUAUUCCAAACUGAACUAUGUGAUGGUAUGCAGUGUGUAAAACAAAGUCCAUUAUCUAUUUAUAUGGGAUAGUUUUCAGUGCAGUUUAAUGUGCAUCGGAGUGUUGAUACAAAAAAAUAUUUUUGUAAACUUCAGUGUUUUCCAUAUGAAAUAUCAUGGUGUGCUACUUCUUGUUUGAUGGAUGCAAAAAAAAGAAAAAAACAUGCCUCUCUACCUUUUUGUUUGUUUGUUUUUUAAAAUCAUAAUAUAUUUAACAAAUAUCUAUAUAUAAUUCAAUGUGAUGUACAUUACAUUAAAAAAUAUCUGUGUGUCAUAUUCAGUGUCCUAACGUGUUGGUUCUCACACAUCCUUCGAAAAAUAUGAGGCUCUAAAAAGUGUUUAAUGCGGACUUGAUCAGAAUGAGUCAUCGAUGUUUAUGUAAACAAAUAUUGAUACACACUCAAUGUGUGUGUAAAACUUGUUGAGAUUUUAUGUCCAAGAAGGUUAGCUACUGUAAGUAAAAUGUUAGUUGAAAUGUGAAAGUUGUUCCCUCUUCUGUAUUGGGAAACAGCUUGGCAGUGUAUGACAUUGUCAGGGAAGUCAACUGAGAGUGAAUGGGUGCUGGAGACUACUGUACUUGGUGUAAAUAUAAAUCAGUAUUACAGUGUUGAAUAGCUAAGAAAUAGAUCACUAUUUCUCAUUUAGCAAGACAAAGUAAACAAAUUCCCCUGAGACCUUACUGAUUCAUUCCUUCUUUGAGGCUAUCAAUCUUUGAUAUUACUUUGAUAAUUUUGUAUUCAGAGGUUUCAUUGAAGUCUGGGGAAAGUGUACUAGGUUCCUGGGUAUCCAUGAAACCAUCCUGUUUUAUGAAUGUGGCAUUUAAACAUAUAAGUAGCGGAUGUGCUUCAAUCUUUUUUCACAUGCUUGUUUGCUUAGACUUUAGAUUAAGAAAUUAAAAGGGCUGAUGUUUUUAAAUAGUGCCCCUUUUAAAAAUUAUUUUAGAUCUUUGUUUGAAAAUCAACAUUAACAGCAUUAUCAUUCUGCUCUUUUUUUAAUGUUUUCUCCUGUAAAAUAAAUAUUGUAUUUAACAACACUAGAGGGUGCCAACAGGCUUUACAAAAUAUAAUGUGCCUUACAGACACGCCAGGUAACAUUAACAGUUUACAGUAAUAAACAUUUUAUUUUGUUGUUAAAUUAUACAGUAUAUAUAUAUAUACCCACAAAACUUUAAGCACUUUCAUACACUUGCAACUCCGCUUUGGAGCAUUAAACUAAAUUUUCUCUGUUCUUAACUACAACUGGACAGCUAAGCCAUUUACUAAUAAAACAUACUUUUUUAAACUCACACAGGUUCACAGUACCUUUCUCCUUAAUUUUUAAUUUUGAGAGGAACAGUAGUUCCUCGCACCAAGUUAUCAGCGAGAACUGCCAGACUGUUAGGGCAAUAUGUCAAUCUUUUUCCUCCUAUGAUGAGGUUUUAACCAAUCGCAGGCCACGAUUUCCAAUCACUGAUUCAUAUAUAUAUAUAUAUAUAUAUAUAAACUUCCCACAAAAAUAUUUGAAGGAAAUAGAUUUGUCUCUGGGGUCCUGCCCAUUAUUGAUUUUGGUUUAUAGAGAUGAAUCUUGUGGACAAACAAUCUUCAAUCAGUUCUCCGUCAUGUUAAUUAAAUAACUGACAAAUGCCCACAGACUGCCCAGAAAGUGGUAAAACAGUAGGUUUAAAAUAAUGUACAAAUGUUUGUAAGAACUAUGAGAUUAUGCAAAUAAAUAAUACAUUUUUAAAAAGGCCCACCAUGUACACUAGGGGUGGAAGUAGAGAAUUCAGUAAAACAGCAGCUUCUGUGGCUUCGUGGUUACCCUUAAAAGGUACAGAAAGUAGGUGUUACAAAAUUAAAUAUUUUUAUUAUCCACAUUUCCAAUUCUUAUAUUGCUUCAAUUUUUCAUAAUAUACUUGAAAGUUAUUCAGAGCUCACAAUAGUAUAUGGAUUCAAAAUGUUCUUAAGACCAUUAAAAUGCUUCCAGGUAAGGUAGUUACUCACAAGGGCUCUCUGAGUCAUCAGUGUGAGACACAUUUGAUUAUUAGUCUCACCUAUGCCCGUGCGUGGAUGAAGGUGAGACCAAUAAUCAAAUUAGUCUCCCUUUCUUACCUUUAGUCUAACAUUGAGAGAUAUCAUAUGUUCUGCCAUUUUAGAUUAAAGUAUCAUGUAUUCUCACCAGAAAAAAGUUACACAGCAGAUCAUUCUAACAAGUAUAAACGACUAGAUCUUAAUGUAGAUGUAAACAAACAACACACAGAAUAGAUCAUUUUAUUGUUAACUUUAGGUUCUCCUAACAGGAUCCACCAACCAGGCUCCUAUUAUUAUUUAUUUCUUAGCAGACGCCCUUAUCCAGGGCGACUUACAAUUGUUACAAGAUAUUGGGUUUUUACUGGAGCAAUCUAGGUAAAGUACCUUGCUCAAGGGUACAGCAGCAGUGUCCUCCACCUGGGAUUGAACCAACCACCCUCCGGUCAAGAGUCCAGAGCCCUAACCACUACUCCACAUGGCUCCUAGCAGGCAGUGUUACAGUAUAUAAUAUUGUACAGCUUUUUCAGACACUAUUGCUGUUGGGUUCAUAACUGAUCAGUGUUGAAAGGCUUAAUGCGUAAUUGGGAUACUAUAUCUUUGAAAAUCAACUUUUUAUACAGUUUAAUGAUUCUGCUCUGUUUUUUAUACUCGUGUAGUUUUUCUUCACUUUAAAAAACGCCAGGGGGUGCCAACGGGCUUUACAAAAUACAAUCAGCCGACAGUUUAUGAUUAUCAAUGUUGUAUUAUUAUUAUUAUUAUUAUUAUUAUGUAAAAUUAGAAUUAUUAAAAAUGUUUUCCACAAAAAUCUUUAAAGAAAAUUGAAAAUGACUUUCUUAUCUUAGUGGAUUUCAAUGUAACUUUAAAAUUGCUGCUUUUGUAUUAUUAUGUGAAUACUGUUGUUUAAAUGGUCUGACUGUAGCAGUUGUAUGUGUGACAUGCUAUACAAAUGUAUUGUAGUUUGUUAAUUUUUUUCUGCUAUGUACUGUACAGCGCUUUGCGAUACUUUUGUAUAAAAAGCGCUAUAAUAUAAUAUAAUAUAAUAUAAUAUAAUAUAAUAUAAUAUAAUAUAAUACUAACCACAGGAUCACGGUAGUUUGUUGCAAUUUACCACAUGUGCUUCACAGACAUAAACUAGAAUGAACUGUCCAAUCCUCAAUAACUGGGUCUUGUUUCAUUUUAUUUUGUAACAUGUCAAUUUUUUUGUAAUAUGAUAUCACACCUAUAUAAGACUGACCCUUUUUGGGUAGCUCUACAUUGGCCAUGUCACAAGAAUCAGUAGUUUUCCUAACACUUUCAAUUACAAUGUACACAGUUAGUAAAUGUACUAGGAGUCCCUUUUACACAGUGUUGUCUGAAAUGAUAGCACACAUAGCAACGCAAUGUGGCACUGGUCUUGGCAGCCAGUUGCAGAAAUAAUUGUGGGGUUAAAAUGAAUAGCACAAUUCCCACACAGUCUUUGGUAGAUAAGGAUUCUUUUUGGGGUACCACUGCACUUGUAAAACAAUAGUUGAUAAUGUAUUUGUUGGUUGGUGGUACGGUACAUCAGACAACCAGAAAAAUCUAGUCCCUGUUUGUGCAUAUUCAUAUUUAUUAUCAUUGGAAAGUUUGAAUUGCUGGCUAAGUGAUUUCUGCCUUAGUGAAGCAUCAAAUGCAUGUACAAAAGAAUUACACACCUACUCACCUGUCAUGUAUGCUUUGAACCAGUGAGUAAUUUGAACUGUCAAGUUUCAUUUCUAUAAUAUUCAUUUUAAUGCAUGUAGUAUUAGGCAUUUGACUUUGGAUUAGAAAAGCAGCUGUCACGAGUGGGAGUUGAGGCAUCAGAUUCAAUAUGCAUCAGAGAAAAAAUAAUGCAAAACAUUGGGGUGAAAACGGCCUCUUUUUCAACAAAGAAGGAUGGAAAUGUCAGUGUGAAUGCAGUGUGUACAAGAGAUUCCUAUUCAUCAGGAUAAAACUUAACAUGUCACUGUCUAACCCAGAACAUGUUGAACCCAGAACAUUUUAUGUUACUUGCAUUUUUUUUGUUUUAGUUCAACUGUUUUUAAAUAUAGUCACAUGUUAGUGGUUUAAUGAAGUCACCUCAGUUGGAGAAUAAUCCCUUUAAUGAUAAAUUGUGAAAAUCUUUUAGAUAUACUGUAUUUUUAGUUUGAGGGUUAACUCUAAUGUAUACAUUACUGAACACACUUGUCCCUUUAGACUCCGAACAUUUUUUGUUUCAUUGUUGUUUUUGUAUUACAGUCUGUGUAUAAUAAAGUCUGUUAUCUGCAAAAGACAA